CAGCAACAGCGGCGGCGGCGGCACCUCCAGCUCCAGCCCCAGCCCCAGCCCCAGCCCCAGCCGCCGCCGCCACGGUGAAGAUGGUGGCUGCGCUGUGCGCCCGGAGACUGGCUCGGCGCUCGCACUCGGCGCUCAUCGCGGCGCUUACCGUGCUGCUGCUGCAGACCCUCGUCGUGUGGAAUUUCAGCAGCCUGGACUCGGGGGCCGGCGACCACCGAGGCGGUGAGCAGCAUGCCGGUGGAGAGCCGCCCCCAGCCCCGCGCCGGGAGCGCCGGGACCUACCCUUGGAGUCUCGCGCUGCCACUGGAGGAGGAGGAGGAGGAGGAGGAGGAGGAAGGGGCCCCCAACCGCCAGGGGACAAGCUGCCGCGGGAGCGAGGAGGCGGUGGCGGCGGGGGCCACGGCGAGCACCGGUCGCAGCGCAGGGGAGGACCUGCUGCAGGCGCGGCUCAGCUGCCGGGCCAGGCUCUGGAAACACCACCUAGUCCCUUCACCAGCCUUGAGACACAGGAAGGAUAUUUUUCUCACCGUCCCAAGGAGAAAAUGAGGACAGAUAGCAAUAAUGAAAACUCAGUGCCAAAAGACUUUGAAAAUGUCGAUAACAGUAACUUUGCUGCGAGGACUCAGAGGCAGAAGCAGCAGCCAGAGUUGGGAAGGAAGUCACUGAGUAAACAGAAGGAACAUUUGAAGAAGAAACUAGAGCAGGAGGAAAAAGUAAAGGAGAAUUCACUCCUGGGAAAAGGCUCUAAUGAAGCCUUACAGUACAGCAAUCAAGCUGCCCAGAACAGUAGUGCCACCAAGGCAACUCCUAAGUCCUCCAAGCAACCCCAUACCAGGAAGAAUGGGGCUGGCUCCCCUGAACUCAAAUACGAUCAGCUGCCAAGGUGUGACAUCUCUGGCAAGGAGGCCAUCUCAGCUGUGUCCCGGUCUAAAUCCAAACAAUGUCGCCAGGAAAUUGCGGAGAUAUAUUGCCAACACAAGGUGGGGAAGCUAAUGCCAGAGAAGGUGACCCGAUUCUGUCCCCUUGAAGGUAAAGCCAACAACAAUGUGCGGUGGGAUGAGGACUCUGUGGAGUACAUGCCUUCCAACCCUGUCAGGAUUGCCUUCGUCUUGGUGGUACAUGGCCGGGCAUCUCGGCAGCUCCAGCGCAUGUUUAAGGCUAUUUACCAUAAGGACCAUUUUUAUUAUAUCCAUGUUGACAAGAGGUCCAAUUAUCUGCAUCGACAAGUGCUCCAGUUUGCUGGUCAGUACCAAAAUGUGCGUGUGACCUCCUGGAGAAUGGCUACCAUCUGGGGAGGUGCCAGUCUUUUGUCCACUUACCUCCAGAGCAUGAGGGACUUGAUGGAGAUGACAGAUUGGCCAUGGGACUUCUUCAUUAACCUCAGUGCUGCUGAUUAUCCCAUCAGAACGAAUGAUCAGUUGGUGGCAUUUCUCUCUCGAUACCGGGACAUGAAUUUCUUGAAAUCACAUGGCAGAGACAAUGCAAGGUUUAUUCGGAAACAAGGACUGGACCGCCUCUUCUUAGAGUGUGACACUCACAUGUGGCGCUUGGGUGACCGGAAGAUCCCUGAAGGCAUCACAGUGGAUGGAGGCUCUGAUUGGUUCCUGCUGAACCGAAAGUUUGUGGAAUAUGUGACCUUCUCCAACGAUGACCUGGUGACCAAAAUGAAGCAGUUCUACUCUUACACCUUGCUUCCUGCUGAGUCCUUCUUCCACACCGUCCUGGAAAACAGCCCCCACUGUGACACCAUGGUCGACAACAACCUACGCAUCACCAAUUGGAACCGGAAGCUGGGUUGCAAGUGCCAGUACAAGCAUAUCGUGGACUGGUGCGGCUGCUCCCCCAAUGACUUCAAGCCAGCAGAUUUCCAUCGGUUCCAGCAAACUGCCCGACCGACGUUCUUUGCACGUAAAUUUGAGGCUGUGGUGAAUCAAGAAAUAAUUGGCCAGCUGGACUAUUACCUUUAUGGGAACUAUCCUUCGGGCACCCCAGGUCUGCGGUCCUACUGGGAGAAUGUCUACGAUGAACCUGAUGGGAUCCACAGCAUCAGUGAUGUGGCACUGACUAUGUACCACUCAUUUACCCGCCUGGGCCUCCGAAGAGCUGAGACAUCUUUACACACCAGUGGCGAGAAUAGCUGCAGGUACUAUGCAAUGGGUCAUCCUGUAUCUGUUCAUCUGUAUUUCCUUGCUGACCGUUUCCAAGGCUUCCUAAUUAAACACCAUGCAACAAAUCUGGCUGUGAGCAAACUGGAGACCCUGGAAACCUGGGUUAUACCAAAGAAAGUCUUUAAGAUUGCCAACCCACCCAGUGAUUUUGGGAGACUUCAGUUUUCUGAGAUCGGCACUGAGUGGGAUGCCAAGGAGAGGAUAUUCCGCAACUUUGGAGGACUUCUCGGGCCAAUGGAUGAACCAGUAGGGAUGCAGAAAUGGGGGAAGGGGCCCAAUGUGACAGUGACUGUCAUUUGGGUUGAUCCUGUCAAUGUCAUUGCAGCCACCUAUGACAUCUUGAUUGAGUCCAGUGCUGAGUUCACACAUUACAAACCACCUUUGAACUUGCCCCUUCGGCCUGGAGUUUGGACUGUCAAAAUUCUACAUCACUGGGUGCCAGUUGCUGAAACCAAAUUCCUUGUUACUCCUCUGACCUUCUCUAACAAACAGCCUAUUAAGCCAGAUGAGUCCUUGAAGCUACACAAUGGACCUCCUCAUAAUGCCUACAUGGAACAGAGCUUUCAGGGCCUAAACCCAGUCCUCAAUAUCCCUAUCAACUUAGCCCAUGUGGAGCAAGCCCGGAGGAAUGCAGCCACCACUGGCCCAAAGUUGGAGAGCUGGGUGGACUCGUUAGUUGGAGGAGUCUGGUCUACAGUGGAUAUCUGCACCAUCGGGCCCACCGCCUGCCCUGUCAUGCAAACAUGCAGCCAAACUUCCUGGAGUUCCUUGAGUUCAGACCCCAAGUCUGAGCUUGGGGCCAUCAAACCUGAUGGUCGGCUGAGGUAGCAUCUGGUCUGUAGAAUUUAAAAGGGAAUUUCACCCUGAGUACAGGGGAUUCUGAAACCUCUUUCACCCCCAGCCCUCUCCCAAUCAGCAGUUCCCAGGUGGGAACUUUUAUAUUCACAAUCAGUGUGAGGUCUAGGGUUUAAGAACUAAAGUUGGAGCCUGGCAUUGUUCUCUCUGCAAAUAAGCUCAGGAGAUUGGUAGAUUACCCCACCCUGGUCCUAAGGCAAUCUUACUUUUUUUUUUCCCAUUUGCUUCUUUAAAGCUCUUCCCUUUGGCCAGAUAUCUAGAUAGACCUUGAGUUCAGUCCUUUGUCUGGCCCCAAAGGAUAUGAGAAUUUAAAGUAGCUGAUAAAAAUGUUCAUUCCUCGGUCAACCAAAAAGCCCUUAUCGAUAAUCAUCAAAUCCAUCAGCAUCACCCAGAAUGCUAAGAGGGAAAAAAGGCCCAAAGUGAUUUCCCAGAGGUUGAGGGUUCUCUACCACCCACUUAAUAGAUGGGUUAUUUUUCUUUAUAGCUCAGAUGGGCAUGAAAUGAUACUUGCCAUAUUUACUUUACAGUGAUGGCCACACUUCCAUACAAGCAUAGCAGGUACUUGGUGCGUUCACAGGUGAAAAUGCGAGGGUUUCAAUCCUUUUAGCUGUCUGUGGCCAUAGACGGAUGGCAGAAGCUGGAACAAUGACAAUGGUUCAAACAGUUACCUCAUGCAGUCUCUCAGAUAUUUCAGGCGAUACUUGCUUGAAUCUCUGAAGAAUGGGAAUUUGACAUAUGCAACUUGUUCGAGAUGAAUAAGACACUGGACAGAGCAAAGUCCCUUAACUGAAAAUCAGAACAAUGCCAGACACCUGCAAGUGUUCUUCCAUUUCCAAGGCCAAACCUUGCCAGGUACAUGAUUGGUGCUUAUUAUGUGUGACCAAAUUGCAUGAUCUAAAUUUUUUGACCCAGAAUAUUUUGAAAGCCCUUUUCCAACCAAGUUUUUAAAGAUACCUGCUUUCUUACAAGCAAUGCUAAAUGGAAUACCUUACAUAGAUCGUAAGGAUAAGAUUGGAGUUUGGAUCUUCAUUUAUUUGGGGGUAUUUGGAUCUUUUUUUUUUCAGUUUCUAAUUACUUGUGUUGCCAGAAAGGUCAAGGUUUUCCUUUAGUUCAACAAAGUGAAUGUCCAUGACAAGCAAAGCAAGGAACCAUCCCAUGAAUGGCCUUCCCAUUCAGACUAGAGAGAAGUAAGCCAUUAGAGUGACACCUCCAUCAUCCUCUCCCACUCCCUGAGGGGAAAUUCCCUUUUAAAAACUGCACACUUGGUUGCAAAAAUGACCUAAACAGAGCACCCAGCCCUUGUUCUGUUUCUUUCCACAGUGUUGGUUUGAAGCUGCUGAAGUUUGUUUUGGACUUGAAAUAGUGAGAUCAGCUAUGCUGAUGUUAUGUCAAGAGCAUUAAAUGUUGUAUGGAGCCAGGGAUGCAAACAAGGACGCAUAGAAGGAACACUUUAGAUAUUUAUUAUUUAUGUGUUUUAGUCAAUGACUAAUUAGUAGGUGCUGUUUUUUGCAGCUUGACAAUUAUGUUAUCUUACUAACUAAAGCUGCCUUUAUUCACAAAAGGCUCCCCACCCUUUCUCAGCCCCAUCCCACUCCCAAGACGCAUACUCUUCUUUUUUUGCUAUGUUCUCAAUUGUGAUUGUUGCUGGCCCAGGGGUGUCAGGAACACUUGGUGUGUUUCCACCCAUAUUGUCAGCAGGAAACAGAUUCAUUCUCUCCCACAUUAACAGUAGGCUGAUGCCCUCCAAAAUGUUCUAGCCAGCCCCUAGUGAAAGCAGUAGGUCCUCCCAAUCCAAGCCCGGAGGGCUCUGGACCUCUUACUCUGUGUCUUAUAGCUUCUCCCCAAAGCCAGGGAGGUGCCUAGAGACUGCAGCUCAUCCACUCUGGACCUUUCUUUCCCUUUCAAACCUUGUGUUAUGGAUCAUUCCUGUCUCCUGUCCAUUUGCUGAUGAAUAUUGUCCAGCAGAUCUCACUUCUAGAGCCCAGAUUUGAAGUGAGAUCACAGGAGAAUGGUAUAAGAAGGUUAGUUCGUCCUAUGUGUGAGGCUGACUGGACAAAAUUGAAUUGUCUGUGUGGAAGUACUUCUAUUCCUUGGUCACUGAAACAAAGGGGCUUUCAGAAACCUUAGGCUCAGUUUCACAGAAGUCCCAUAUUGCUUAUGUGUCAAUACAUAAUCAGUUGUGCAAGAGGUUAAAAACUUCAAAAUCAACAUACUUCUCUACACACAGUUUCUCUGUGGAAAUAUGACAGCAAGGGCUUUACUGAACAUUCUGGUUUUUAAAGCAGCAAAAAUAACAAAACUUUUCUAUAACCUCUCAAUCAGCCAGCUCAGUAUCUGUAUUUGUAACAGUAUUAUUUGUGGUGACUUUUAGGCCUGAGCCUGAUUGUGUCAGCGUGGUUGAUAUCAGCCUACAAUCACCCAGAAGUUAUACCUAUUACGCUCAAUGACAUUUCUGACUUUUAAAAUCCUGGAAUGAGUGGAGAAACCCCAGAGUUAGUUCUGGGACAGUCCAAGCUGUGAAUUUCUUCUUAACUCCCCAUUCAUUCUUCUGUAGGAAAAUAGGUUGGGAUGUGGAACACCCAUUGGAGUUUUCACAUUUUGGGACCAGAGAAUAUAUCUUUGUAGAUGUUACAUUUGGUGAAAAGGAGAAUUCUAAAUGAGAGCCAAAUUGCACCAAGACUUCAUGAAAGCAUUUUUCCAAAUGAAAACAUUCAGCCUGUUUCUCACCCCUACCCAGAGACUGAUUUGAUUAUUUUGAGAACCCAUUGGAAAAGCCACAUUUCUUUGGGCACAAGGUUUUGUUUGCUUUGGGAGUAUUUGCCCUGGAAUCUGCUCUGAACUUUCAAUGCAGAGCAGGGUGUCUGGGGGAAUUACUGUUGAUAACUGGCUGAAGAGAUGGUUUAUGAGAUCAAAGAAUAGGGUGGGGGUAGGGUGAGGAGUGAAGGAAUCUAAGCUUGCCUUUGUACCCACAUAUUGGUAGAUAGAUGGCCCCUUAGACAAAUUUUUACUAACCCUCUUAGUCCAAUUUAGACAGAAGGAAAUCCCCAAGCAAGUUGUGCCUUCCACCACUUGCUUCCUAUUUUUGGACCUUUAAUCCAGAAUUCAUCCCAGUGAUCUGCAAGCAUGUGGACAGAGUAGUUCCAGUCACAUCAAGGAGAAGGGAAAUAACUCAGUGUGGUUUUUCAAAUUGUAGUGAGCCCUCCUCCAGGAAAGCACAGCCUUAAUUGAGCAGAGAGGCUUUUAUUUGAAACAGUGGAUUCAGGUUUGAGUGUGAACCAUGGAAUGUUAAAGCCAACAUGCAAGAUACAGGACACAAGGACAGGAAGUGUAUAAAAGCAGCUCAGUGAGAGGAGGAGGCUCCAUGCAAGGCCCACAUUAGCACAUACUUGUGAAUUGUGAGCUAGUGCCCUUGGAUACUGGCUUUAUGAUGCAAAUGAGCCCUGUGGUUGUGUGGAGGCUUUCGUAAAUCAGAGGGGGAGUGCCUGACCAAGAACACCUACCAGAGGAACUAAAAAACCGUAUUUGGGGAUGCUCACCCUUUCUCCCAGACUCUGUUCCUAUGAAGGUCAAAACAAGUUGAAAUAGAAUUGGAAUUUGAUACUUAUUGCUUUAAGAACAUUAAAAAGAUUUUUUUAAACUUAUUCCCUUUGCAGAUAUAACCAGAUUAUAGUUUUAGGCUUUUGUUUUUAGUCUAGACCUGAAAUUUUAUUUGGUAUAGGAAACUGAAAGUGAAAAAGCUCCCUUUAUCCCUUUCUCUUCUGCAGCUUAUAGUCUUAAGGGAGUCCCAAAAGGAAGCAGCUUACCCAGGGUCGCUUUUCGAGUAUGUGUCAGAGCAGAGCUUGAACCCAGGUCCUCUUAACUCCAAGGCCAGCUCUCUAUCCACUAUGGGACACUACCAUCCCCACAUUCUGAAUCUCUUUUUCCCUUGGCUUUGGGAUGCUAGGAAAGGGAUAGUUACGGUCCUCUAAUAGCCACCCAAAGGUAACCACCAUUUAUUCCUGGUGAACAUUGACAGCUGUGCUGACUAGUAGAAGGCAGUAUCCCAUAGGAGCUGUCAAAGAAUUGUCAGUGUUGUCCAGAGCACCACAUGUGCUAUUCUGGCUGCCUGUCAGUCAGUCAUGUAUUUACAUGCAUAAGAAUUUGCUGCUAAAUAGAAAAUCCUCACAGAUCACAGCAUUAAAAAAUAGCAACAAAGAAAGGAAAUAUUAGGAAAGAAUCAAGUAAUUAUUUUACCCUUCCUAGGACUUAGGAGACUUCUUGUAUACAUAUACACACAUGAAUAUGUGUAUAUGUACAUCUAUUGUAUAUGUGUGUGUGUGUGUGUGUGUGU